AUGGUCCGAAUAACCAAGUCGAUGCAGGCGAAGCAUUUCGAGACCUUGUCGCCAUAUCUCAAGGAAUUUCGCACCUCCGCCUGCUCGAUCUCCCUACCUCUCCUACCACAGCAUCUCUCAUCCUUCCCGACAAGAUGGCCAUUCCCACGAGGCGAUCUCUACCACUGGAUUUCCCUUCUCAACCGCUUCGAUGUCAUCCUCGAGAACUUUUGCCGCACGUACAAGCUAGAGGAUGGUCCGCAGACCAUGGACUUUGGCUGCAAGGUUCUACGAGAAUCUGGCGAGAAUCAUGAUACCCCGAGCCUGGCCGAGCUUGGAUACGGAGAUGAUGGUGAUAGGCAACUUGUUGAGUCUAUUCUCAACUUCUCAAGAAUGCUCCUACAAAAUUGUGGCAACCGGAGCCUCUACUCGAGUAGUUCGCAUUUGAAUAGCUUGCUCAACAGUACAUCUCUGUCGUUGCUCGAAGCUACACUCUCCCUAGGCUCGGAACUGGCACAGAGAUAUCAGGCUGCCUUCAAGCGCCAGGUUAUUUCCUCUCGACAAACAAGCAACCCACAGCUGCUGAAAAUCCACUACAACAUCGAUCUUGGCAGAGUUCAGCAGCUAGCGAUGCCCUUCACCAAGACGAUCACGGUCACGGCCGAGUCAGCGCAGCCGACAACACCUGUGACUCCAACAGUAAAAGGAAAAGAAAAGGCAUAUUUCAGCAUCCCUACGAGCCAGAAGUCUUCGACCACUACUGUGUGUGCAAGCGACCUGGUGUCUAUGGUCAAGGGAGGAUCAGGAGUGAGUACCAAGACGAAUAGCCCGAGGAGCAUUCGCAAAGGUGCACACAACUCGUCCUCUCACGCCGUGACCAGUUGGGAGGAAUGGGGAGAUGUGAAAGUCACAUAUUAUCCUAAAUCCGCCCGAGAAACAGAUCAGGCCGGCAACAGCAGUACCUCCCGGUCCUCGGACGCCGUCACUUCAAAUAAUCCAACCACCCCAACACCUAUUCGUCGCUCGUCAAACUUGGGCCCACAUGGUCAUCGUCCGAAUAAGGGAUCAAGUUCUGAUGAAUCUCCCACUAUGCCACGUUCGUCGGGGUUCCCAACAGGAGAAUCUCCGCGCCCGAACUUUAAGACCAUCGAGAUUACUUCCUCGAAGCUUAAGACCUCUGGCGUGCACAGUUUACUGGAGGAGAAUCUUGCGGGUCUUCCCCAGGAUUUGCAGUACGAGCUUCUGACGAAGCUUCGGGUUGCAGCUGCCUUGACGACGUCCCUAGAGACUCGUCGACAAAUAUUAGCAAUCCGCCUCCUUGCCAUCACCAAUUUGUCAUACAUCCACGUAGAACCUGCUUUUAUCGAGAAGGUUUUGAAGCAAGAUAGUGAUGAACCACGUCGAUUACAGCUCGUCUACCAGCUAGCAGAGUUGGUCCAUCCACCUGUGGAGGGCGAUAUUGCAGUUCCCCGACCUCUUCAAACUAUCGCCUUCUCAACCCUUGACGCAUUGUCUCAGCACCAGACCAAAUACAACGAUGUCUGUGCCGCUCUUAGCACGAACGUCAACCAUGGCGUUCUGCUAUAUGUGGUUAGAAAGGCUGCUGCUGAGAUGGGCGAGGAGGAAGAUGCUGGUGAUAAGAUGACAGAGGCGGAUGAAUGGCGCGAGGCAUUAUUUUCACUGCUUGCCAACAUCUCCAUCAUGCCCCGCACUGGGGGAGAGCUUAUUACUGCAGGAUUGAUGCCGAUAUUAGUUGAAGUGCUCGGACUACGUACUACCAUCGCGGAACGCUACCACCCAAAGGUAUUGAGCUUCCUCGACAAUAUAAUGUACAGUGCUCGGGAUGCCUUCCAAACCCUUGUCAAUGCAGACGGGCUCGAUGCUGUUUCUAAUCUGAUCGUCUAUGAGGUUUCGCACGCCUCGGACCUCGCAGCACAGGGUAAAGGCAUGCGACCUGAGUACCGUUCCGCCUCUGUGGAUUACGAGAUUCCUUAUUUCCAGCAACAGACCUUGAAGUGGCUUUUCAAGUUCAUUCAUCAUAUGAUGACUACUGCCGGGGGCUACGGUGGUAAUUUCGAUCGUUUGUUGCGCAAUUUGAUUGACUCUUCCCAGCUGUUGGGCAGCCUUCGAGAGAUCAUUGGCAAUGCACGUCGUUUCGGCUCUGUUGUCUGGACCAAUGCGGUCAGCAUUCUCAAUGAUUUCAUCAACAAUGAACCAACAAGCUUCGCUGUCAUCGCAGAGGCAGGUCUUAGCAGAGCCCUCUUGGAAGCAGUCACGUGCUCCCCCAUAUCUAUGCCAUCAGAUUCCAAGAAGACGGGACAACGAGCCGAGCAAUCUACCGAUCAACCCGCUGACGACGAGUCCUCAGCUGCUCCACCUUCUGACGACGACGAUGAUGAGGACGAUGGCGAUGAUGGCGAUGAUGAUAGUGACGAUGAGUAUCGGCCAGCGCCUCGUCGACCGACAAAGGCAAUGCUCCAAGCCCCUCGCGAAGGUCCACUGGCUCGAGGCAUCCUGCCAACAUCAGAUACUAUCAACAUUAUACCGCAAGCAUUCGGCGCGAUAUGUUUGAAUAAUAAUGGCAUGAAGAUGUUCCAAUCCUCCAAGGCCCUUGAGAGCUUCUUCGAAAUCUUUGAGAGUCCUGAGCAUGUCAAAUGUAUGGACUCCAAUAAAGAUUUACCGUCCAAUCUUGGCAGCACUUUUGACGAGCUAGUUCGUCAUCAUCCACCCCUUAAAACGGCCAUUAUGAAUGCUAUUCUUGACAUGGUCGCUCGAGUUGGUUACCUUUGCAAGACAAAGGCGGAGGCCAACAAGUUGGGUGCUGUACUACGAACAUAUGAUCCAUCAGGGAAGCCAGUCGUUGCUGAUGCCGCGAUCAAGGCAUCUCGCCCUUCAAAGGGCAAAGAAAAAGCCGCGGAUGACGGAGGUGAUGUUGAAAUGCAAGACGUCGAUACUGCUGUCACCGAGGACACGCCUGCUCAGCCGGAAAACCCCCCUAACGCCCCUCCGAUGACUGCAUAUGUUGCUGCUGUCGCUACCUUUCUAUCUGCUAUGUUCAGCAAUACCUCCGUUCGUUCUGACUUCUGUUCAAGAGGUGGUAUUGAAUAUGUUCUUGAUCUGGCAGAAUCGCCGUGCUUGACCUACGACUUUGCAGAUGGAUCAGCAAGCCGAGUUCUCCAAAGUGUGAUCGCCCUCCUCGCAGAGCAGAAGCCGCAUCUCACAAUGCCUUCCCUGCUACAACGAGCACAGUCCGCUGUUGAUGUUCUUGCACCUUUUGCAAAUUACCAGGAAAGCGGGCCCUUCUUCAAGCCGUUUGUCAACAGAGAGGCUCAGCAAUCAGCCGAAAUUGAACUACUCGCAAAUGGAACUGGAUUUGUCAAGGCACUUGUCAAUAUCCAUUCUCUGGUCUCAGCCCUGCGCGCGUGUUUCCAAACCUGGGCAUUCAAUCACAGAUCCGCUAGCAACGGUUUCAAUCAGCUCAACCUUGGUGAUUACUAUGUUCGCCUUGUCAAGAGUCUUGGGCCCUUGCUUGGUGCAUCUUUUAGAGAGGAGUUUGAACUGAAUAAGGUCGUACCAGACUACUACAAGAGUGCUGCACGCGUCAAGGAUUCAGCUUUCGAUGACCCUGUCUUCGCAGAACUCCUCGGCGGCCCUGAAGUGCCGUCCCCUGUGGCAGAACCAUCGAACGCCGAGCCCGGAUCAGCUGAACAGCCGGCGGGUAAUACUGCAACUUCAGCUGCUGCCAAUCCCCCGGUAUCGAGUGAUAAUAAGCCAAAAUCGAUGACAAAAGCCGAGAGAGAUGGUCCCGAGUUCAAGAACUUCCAAGCCUUGCAGUAUUUGCUUAGCAAGAUGUCCGAUACCAUUUCUCCAUUCUUUCAGAUACUUGGAAAGGGAUUAGUUAAUAAGCGGGGUGGUACGGAUGGAUUCCAGAAGCAGAGUCACGCUGCCAUUGCAGAUGCUUUGGCCGAAACUAUUUUGCGGGAGCUGGCUCCUCGUGGGCAAGAAUCUUCAAUCGAGAACAUCAGCCACUGGAUUGGCAUGUUGCAUGUCUUGAAGGAUAUACUAGUAGAUGUUUCACGUCAUAAUGAGCGUCCGAUCCAGACAAUUACUAUUGUCCUACAAGCCUUCAAGGACCGUGGCGGAUUUGAGACCACUAAUCACAUCCUCGAAGUUUUUGCGUCAGAGAUUCGGUCUAGAAACAUCGCUACAGAUACCAUUGACCUUGAUAAGGCUGCUGAUGAGACAGUCCGGUUUGAGAUGGCAGUAGUAGGUAUCAAGGAUAUCCUCUCGCUCUACAGCCAAGUUGUCAGUGGGAAGAAUGUCAUAGAAUCGCCCCAGACCAUCUCAAUGGCCUCCCGAGAGGCUAGAGACCGAAGCAGGCCAGAGUAUUUCUCUCCGCCGCAGUUUCUGGUAGAAUUACGCAUGGCAGUUCUACCCGUCGUUCGGCGUUUAUGGGAAUCUGACCUUGUUGAAAAAGCUCCAAGCGAGAUAUCCGAGAGACUAAUUGAGGUCAUCCGUACCAUUUCAAAUGCCGACAGUGAAGCAAAUGCUCUGAAGCGUUCCGAUAAAGCCGGGCCGGUUGUCAAGGGCCCCCGCAAGACUUUCAGAAUCAGUCAAGAGCAUGUCAGUACCUUGAUGGAUCACGAUUAUGACACAGAUCUUGCGCACGAAGCCCUCUAUCGCUGCAAUAACAACCUCACGUACUCUCUCGAGUAUUGUAGUGAGAUCAAUCAAGAAGAAAAUCGGCGACGAAAUCCGAUUCCAGAAGGCGAUAUUGCUUCCAGUCCCGAACCGAAUACCUCCUCCAGACCGCGCACCGUGGAUUCGACAGGUACCGCCACUCCUGAUGAUCACGCUAUGUCCAUGCACGAUGGUCUUGAAAAUGUCCCGUCAAUCAUAGACUCGCUUAAUCAGCAGAUGCUCCCCCCUGCUGCCCCUGGCGAUGGACUUGUGACUUCUCAAAACGUGGAUCAGAUUUUGAGCCAGGUCGUACCGGGUUUCGAAAGCCGACGUAACGCAACUGCGCCUUCAUCUGGUACGCCUCGUGCAAGUCCAUCUUCAGCUCCCUCACAAUCAACUCCAGUCGAGGAGAGUCAGGCCAAGCCGGUUACAGUCGAUGAUCUGAAUGACGAACGAGCAGCGAUCAGAGACAAUCUGAUCGACAAGUGCCUCGACGUCAUCAAUGCCCAUGGUGGAGUCACUUUCGAAGUUGCCGAUUUAAUCACAACAGUUGUGAACAAAUCGCCCGAUCCUUCAUCUCAACGCAAGGUUGUUGGGCAGACACUGGUGAUUGCUCUUAUGUCAUUUGCGGGGGAAGACGACCUUCGUACAUCUGGCAAGAAGAUCGCAGCCUACGCCCAUCUGUUAGCAUUGCUGCUCAGGGAUAAGCUCUUCUAUGCUGCUGCUGUCGGAGAGUUGAAGGAGAAUCUCAGCACACUGCUUGGAUUCGUGAAAUUAUCUCCAAACCAUUCCUCUGAUGAACCAUCACCAUGGAUUGCCCAUAUUCUCCUCAUCGUCGAGAUGCUUCUUAGCGAGGAUGCUCGACCACGCAAGACCAAAUGGAACGCGCCAAAAGAUGAGAACGAUACUAUAGAACCCCCUGUUCUAGAGUCGGUCGAACUUGUUGUGUCUCCUGACGAGCGACUACAGCUUUUGGAGUCAAUUCUUGAUAUUAUGCCCCGCGUUGGUAAAGACGAAGCUCUAGCGCUAGCUAUCUUGCGUAUCUUGGUGAUCCUGACACGAACACGAUCUCUGGCGCAAAUCAUUGGCGAGAAGAAGAACAUUCAACGUCUCUUCGUCACAGCAAAACAACUCGCGGGAGUCAGUUCUGCGCGCAUCCAAAGUCCAUUAAUGCUAAUCCUGCGCCACAUAAUUGAGGACGACGAAACUAUCAAGCAAAUUAUGCGUUCAGAAAUCAAGUCCUUCUUUGAACAAAAUCGUCAACAGAGAAGCAUCGAUGUUCACACGUACCUCCGCGGACUAGCCCCUACGGCCAUCCGGGCGCCUGAACUGUUUGUGGAGAUCACCAAUGAAAUGGUGAAGUUCUAUCGAUGGUCAUUCAAUAACCCUGAGAUGUCAAAUAGAUCGAACACUCUUGUUUUGAAGGACCAAUUUACCAAUGGCUUUGACUCGGCUGCAAAAGCUUCUGAGGACGCUGUUCAGCCAACCGUUCAGGCCACAGAAGACUUGUCACUCCAAGACGUCAAGCCAUCUACCGAAGACGUUGACCGCCAGAUGCCUGAUGCGUCAAAAGCUGCGCCUCCUGAACAGAAGUUGCCAGUUGUGGAGAACCCAGAUGGUGUAAUUCAUUUUCUUCUUUGCGAGCUUCUGAAUUAUAAGGAUGUGGAAGACAAGGAACCUGCCCCGGUUCCUACGGGUCCAACCCCUACGGACAAGGCCAAUCCAUCGACUAAUGGUGAUGUUACCAUGGCUGGCACUAGUUCCGCUCCGAGCACAGAAACAGCUGCUGCCAAGGAAGCCAAAUCUUUGAAGAGUCCAAACAAACAGGAAUUCAAGGCUGAGGAGCAUCCAAUUUACAUCUACCGAUGUUUCCUACUUAAGUGUCUCACGGAACUCCUCUCUUCUUACAACCGCACCAAGGUCGAGUUCAUCAAUUUCAAGCGCAGCGCUCCCCCACAAGCCAUGACUCCAUCCAAACCUCGAUCUAGUGUUCUCCAUUAUCUCCUCAAUGACCUUAUACCAUGCGGCACGUUAGAUAGUCCCGAAUCAUCGGUGGCUCUUCGCAGAAAGACCACCACAUCAUCUUGGGCAGAUUCGGUUAUAGUCGCCCUUUUGACCAAGACUGGAGAGCAAUUUGUGGACAAGUCUCGCGAUCCAAGUGAUGGAGAAGAUGAGCCAGAUCUCCUCUUCGUUCGACGAUUUGUUCUAGAGAACAUUCUCAAAGCUUACAAGGAGGCAAGCACAUCCAUCGAGGCUCUCGAUACCAAGUAUUCCAGAAUGCUUUCGCUUGCGGUCUUGAUGCUCCACAUCAUGAACGGAAAGGAUAACAUUGGUGGUCCGGAUACAGCUUUAGCCAAUCGGUCCCAGCAACAACUUCGGCGGAUCAUGUUUGAAAAGGGGUUCAUUGCAGCCCUAACUGCAUCUAUUGCUGACAUAGACCUCAACUUCCCCGGUGCCAAGGAAGCUGUGAGACAAAUCCUAAAGCCCCUCAAAGUCUUGACGAACACAGCCGUUCAACUCAGUGAACUGUCACUCAUCUCUGGCACCCAAGGUCAGACUGAAGAGGACGAGAUUGAAUCGGCAACUUCGGUCUCUGAUCUUGAAGACGAGCGCGAAGAAACCCCAGACCUAUUUCGAAAUUCAACUUUGGGCAUGUUCGAACCUGAUAGAGAGGAGGAUACAUCAUCUGAAUCAGACGAUGACGAUGAAGAGAUGUAUGAUGAUGGAUAUGGCGAUGAGAUGGAGUAUGAAGAGGAGAUGGCUGAAGAUGAAGAAGACAACAUAAGUGAAGAAGAUGAAGAUAUUGAGGGUAUGGGCCAUAUUGAAGGUCUAUCUGGCGAUCACGGCAUGGAUGUCGAAGUCAUUAUGGAAGAAGACGAUGAUGACGAUGAAGAUGAAGAUGGGUCAAGUGGAGAGGACGACGAGCACGAUUCAGAAGAUGAUGAUGCUCGCGUCGAGAUCAUCGAUGAGGCCGGAAAUAUCCAAGAGCUUGGUGAGGACGAUGAUCUGGAAGAAUGGGAAAGCGAUGAGGGCGAUGACGAUGGUGAGGAUGAAGAAGAUUAUGAAGGCGAGGCCCAAGAUCAAGAUGAAAUCCACAUGCACGAAGGCCUUGACGUCUCGGACAUGGUCGGUGGGCCUCUUGGUGAUCUUGUUCGUGCUCUAGGCGGUGGUGAAGAUGCCGUUGACAUGAUCGAGCAAAUGGAAGAGCAGAUGGAGGCCGAUGGCAUUGACCCUGGUGACGUUGAAGAACGCAUGGGUGGCGAUUAUAUGGAUGAGGGCGACGAUGAUGAGGAUGAUGACGACGAAGACGAUAUGGACGAAGAAGAUAUGUUUUUGGAGCAAGGCUAUCCCGAAGGUGGCGGCCCACCUGUUGGAUUUGAAUGGGAGGGUGAAGUGGAUCCGCCAAUGAUUAUCAGUCACCGUGGAAACCGUCCUCGCCACGCAUUUGCUCCCCCUUUCCCACUAUUCCCUGGGGGCAAUCGUGGUGAUCCCCUAGGUGUUCCGGAGUUUCGUCCAUCCUACCGAUCGCAUAGACCACCUCAACCACGCUCAAUUGACGAUGGUACCAACCCAUUGCUUCAACGAAACAGUUCCAGCCGCGGAAGCAGAGAUGGUUCUAAUCGGCCCCCUUCAAUGGACAUGGGCAACUGGAUCCAGGCCAUGGCACCACCCCCUGGCUCAACAGACUUGAUGGACUUGGCUCGCCUUGGCGGUCCUUUUGGUGAGAGGCCCUCAUCAGCAGCGCUCCUUGAAUUGCUUAGAUCCUUACCACAAUUACCAGGUACCAUUGCACGUAAUGGAGGAGUUGGUUUAUCAUUCCACAUCCACGCCGGCCCAGGACAGGAGAUCCCGGCAGGGCUCCGAGCCUUUAUUGGCGGACCACGAGGAUCUCGAUUUGAGAGUCGACGUAGCGAAGUUGUAGAAGCAGGAAAUGCAGGGUUCUUCACACCACAAUCCACCCCCGCCAGAUGGUCGGAAGAAGCGAAACUGCUAUUUGGACCCAACCAUCACGAGAAGGCCGCUGAUCUUAGAUCUGCCAUCGAAGCUGUUCUAGUCCCCCCUGCUAUAGAAGCUGACAAGGCUCGAAAGAUUGCCGAGGCGGAGCGAAUUCGUAAACUUGAAGAAGAAGCCAAGAAGAAAGCGGAGGAGGAGCGUUUGGCGAAGGAGGCUAAGGAAGAAGAGGAGAGAAUUGAGAAAGAGAAGAAGGAGGCUGAGGAACGUGAGGCUGCUGAGCGAGCUGCUGCUGAAGCCCUUGCUGCACGUGGAUCUAUGGACAAUGAAGCCGGCGAGGGGAACGAGCCAACAGCGGAGGCUAUGGAUGGAGUUGAAACCCAAGCUCAACCCACCACCGAGACCGAGGAAGCCCACGAAGCUCCUGCUGAAGAUCGCCCACGGGUCACAACAAUCAUCCGCGGGAAUCCCUUUGACAUUACCGAUCUGGGUAUUGAUGCCGACUUCCUUGCCGAACUCCCUGAAGAGAUUCGAGAAGAAGUCAUCAUGACAGCUGUUGCCGAGCGACGAUCCCAGGCCGCUGCAACUGGUGCGCAACCUUCAGAGAUCGACCAAGAAUUCCUAGAUGCCUUGCCCGAGGAUAUCAGAGACGAGAUUAUUCAACAGGAGAGACAAGAUCGACGCCGCCGUGAGCGAGAAGAGCAACGCCGCCAAGCCGCUGCUGCUGGUGGUGGGCCUGCAGCUGGAGAUAUGGACGCAGCGAGCAUCCUUGCAACAUUACCACCCGCAUUAAGACAGCAGGUAUUGAUGGAACAAGAUGAGGAGAUGUUAAGCUUACUUCCUCAAGAGCUUGCUGACCAAGCUCGCGCUGCGCAGAGAGACCAUCCCGCACACGGCAGAAUCCCCAGUGGUCUGGCUCGGAGAAAUGCUCCAAUCGGAGGAAUCGAUGCUAAUCAGUCUCACGGUUCACAGCGACCUCCACGACGUGCGAUUGUCCAAAUGCUCGACAAGUCUGGGAUCGCAACACUUCUUCGAUUGAUGUUCACCUUACAGCCAGACCAUCUCAAAACCGCACUUUGGUCCGUGUUGGAAAACAUUUGUCUGAAUAGGCAAAAUCGUACCGAGGUAGUCAGCACCAUCCUUCAUAUCCUCCAGGACGGCAGUGCCGAUAUGAGUGCUGUCGAGCGUAGCUUUGCCCAGCUUUCCUUGAGAGCCAAGCAACCGAAGGAAAAGGACCCGAAGACCCCUCAGACAUUAAAGAAGACCGGUCCGAGCACUCCUGGCGGUAUUACCGGUAUUACAUCUCUUAUGCAGGCCAACUCUGAAGCAUCUCCUCUCUUGGUUGUUCAACAGUGUUUAGGAACCUUGCACAAUCUCGUCAGCAGAAACCUCCAUAUCCCCGCGUUCUUCUUGACGGAGCAUGACAGCGUUGUUGGCUUGAAGCGUACUCUGAGCCGCAAAGGAAAGGGCAAGGAAAACAAGGCUGCGAAAUAUGCAAUCAACUCGUUGCUGAAUCUUCUGGAUCGCGAUCUAAUCAUGGAGAACUCCACUGUCAUGGAGUUGCUUUCGGGCUUGCUCAAUCAAAUUACACAGCCUCUUCAAGCCCUCCAGCGCAAGCAGAAGGAAACCGAGGCACAAAAGACUGAGGCUGCUGCUCCAACAAGUGAGACUGCCGCAUCGAUAACAACCCCAGAGGUCACGGCAGCUACUGAGCAACCAUCAGAGCAGCAAGCGGAGCCCACCCAGCCGGCAGCAAACACUGAAGGUGGUGAAGCCUCUACCACUGAUGUAGCCAAGGCAGAGACGGCCCCCAAGGAGCCCGAGAAGAAGCAACGCCCAAUCACUCCACCAGUCAUCCCAGAACAAAACCUGAAGUUGGUGAUCAAUAUCUUCGUUGCCCGUGAGUGUAGCUCCCGAACAUUCCGCGAGACCCUCUCGACAAUCAAAAACCUGUCUGCAAUUCCCGGCGCAAAGGCGGUCUUCGGACGUGAACUUGUGUCCAAGGCCCAAGGGCUUGGAGAGACCAUCUUGCAGGAUCUGAAUGAACUUCUACCUCAGAUUCAAAAGGCUACAACUGGCACUGAAAUCCAGGGUGUUGCUUUAGCCAAGUUUUCUCCAGGUGGUUCUGAGCAGGGGAAGCUCCUUCGCGUUCUUACAGCACUUGACCAUCUCUUCGACCCGAAGCGUGAUAAGAAGGAAAAGCCAGACGAAGAUGGCGAGUCAUCACAAUUAAUCGAAAAGCAGGAUCUCCUGUCUUCUCUUUACGAAAACUCAACCUUCGGUCCGAUGUGGGAGAAACUCAGCGCAUGCCUUAGUGCUAUCAGACAGCGGGAUCAUAUGUUGAACGUGGCCACCAUUCUUCUUCCGCUCAUCGAAUCUUUGAUGGUUGUUUGCAAGAAUACCACUUUGAAGGAAGCUCCUAUCGCUCGGUCUCAGAUAGGCAAGGAGAUGAUGUUGACAAGUCCACCUCCGGAGUCCCGUAUGGAGAGCUUGUUCUUCACAUUUACCGAAGAGCACCGCAAAAUCCUCAAUGAUCUUGUCCGGAAUUCUCCCAAGCUCAUGUCUGGUACAUUCUCCCUCCUAGUUAAGAAUCCCAAGGUUCUCGAGUUCGACAACAAGCGCAACUACUUUAGCCGCAGCAUUCAUACUAAGAGCUCAACCACACGGCAAUCAUACCCUCCUCUCCAGCUCUCUGUUCGCCGAGACCAGGUCUUCCAUGAUUCCUUCAAAGCUCUUUACUUCCAAACUGCCGACCAGAUGAAGUUUGGAAAGCUCAGUAUUCGAUUCCAUGGUGAGGAAGGUGUUGAUGCUGGCGGUGUUACUCGAGAAUGGUUCCAAGUCCUCUCCAGACAGAUGUUUGACCCAGGAUACGCACUGUUCAUUCCCGUAUCAUCUGAUCGAACCACCUUCCACCCCAACCAACUGAGUGGUGUCAAUGAGGAGCAUCUCAUGUUCUUCAAAUUCAUCGGUCGUAUCAUUGGCAAAGCUCUAUAUGAGGGUCGGGUUUUGGACUGUCAUUUCAGCAGGGCUGUCUACAAGCGCAUCUUGGGCAAGGCCGUCUCGGUAAAGGAUAUGGAGUCUCUUGACCCUGAUUACUACAAGUCUUUGGUCUGGAUGCUUGAGAAUGAUAUCACGGAUAUCAUUACCGAAACUUUCUCCGUUGACAAUGACAAGUUUGGGGUUGUCGAAACCAUUGAUUUUAUUCCCAAUGGUCGCAACAUUGCGGUUACUGAGGAGAACAAGCAUGAGUAUGUUCGCUUAAUGGUGGAGUGGAGGCUCACUGGAUCUGUGAAGGAGCAGUUGGAUGAAUUCUUGAAGGGUUUCCACGAUAUCAUUCCUGCUGAGCUCAUUGCAAUCUUCAAUGAACAGGAGUUGGAGCUUCUGAUCUCUGGUUUACCUGAGAUUGAUGUGGACGACUGGAAGAGUAACACUGAAUACCACAACUACUCUGCCUCCUCCCCACAAAUCCAAUGGUUCUGGAGAGCAGUGCGUUCAUUCGACAAGGAAGAACGUGCCAAGCUCCUACAAUUUGUCACGGGAACCAGCAAAGUACCACUCAAUGGGUUCAAGGAGUUGGAGGGUAUGAACGGCUUCAGUCGAUUCAACAUCCAUCGUGAUUACGGCCGGAAGGAGCGUCUUCCAAGUUCGCACACUUGCUUCAACCAACUCGACCUUCCCGAAUACGAAAGCUACGAGGUACUCCGUCAACAAGUCCUUACUGCCAUCACGGCUGGAAGCCAGUACUUUGGUUUCGCAUAA